AAUUCGAGUGAGUAUCCUUAGGAAUUUUUCACCAAUGGUCUGUCUCGAAUAUAUCGAGCCUCGUCCUUUCCACUCGGCCGUCCCCCUUGUGGGUCUGACGAAAUCCGCAAAGGAAUUGUAUAAAAUACAUUUAUAAGUGAAAACAGGACGGAAAAAGUUAAAAUGAAAACUUCAAUUUACUAUCAAAAUUACGUUUUCUCUUUACACGUCGUCAUAAUAAAGCUGGCAAUUUUAUUCUUAUCAAUUGUUAUUAAAGUAUUAUUUAGUUCCAGCUGUUCACAUUAUGGAUUCAGAGACAAUCGAACUUGUACCAUCAGAUGUGGGUAAAAUACUUAUUUCUUCAUCCACUUUUAAUAAAAUUCGCAACGAGCAGCUGGAAUCUAUAAUGGAACGCGGAAAAAAUUCAAGGAUUCUGAAACUGCCAUAUUUAACAGAAGUUGUCGCUCGGAUGGUUAACUAUCUGAGUACAGACGACACUCACUUAAAAUCUUUGGGCAGCGGUUUCCAGUUGUAUGACUUAAGCAUAAAAUAUUCAAUUAAAAUUUUAAACAGGAAAUGCGAAAAGUUCAUUAUCGAUCGGUUAGGUACGAAAAAUGUGUGCGCAAUUCACGAUUUUGCGUGCAAAAUGAAUCUCUCUCAGAUACAACAUCGUUGCUGGAAAAUUUUCGAUACGUAUUGGACAGAGAUAUUCGAGGGAGAUGAUUUCAAAUCCUGUGAAACUACGACAAUAGACAGGUUAGUGUCUCGUCCGUUAUACACAAGUAUGGACGAAUUGGAUAUAUUUCUGGCCGUCUACAAGUGGCUCGAAGAGAAGAUCAAACGAGAAAUGGGAACGUCAUUGUUCAAAUAGAUGAAAA